AUGAACAGAGGAAUCGAUGUUAUGUCACCAGCAACAUACAUAGAAACAUCAAACUGGUUAUUCCAAGAAAACAGAGGAACUAAAUGGACAGCUGAAGAAAACAAGAAAUUCGAAAACGCUUUAGCUUUUUACGACAAAGAUACUCCAGAGAGAUGGUCUAAAGUCGCCGCUAUGCUUCCCGGAAAAACAGUCGGAGAUGUCAUCAAACAAUACAGAGAACUCGAAGAAGACGUAAGUGACAUCGAAGCUGGUCUUAUACCAAUCCCUGGUUAUGCCUCUGAUUCAUUCACACUUGAUUGGGGAGGCUACGAAGCAGAAAACAAUGGUUUUAACAUGAACGGAUAUUACUUUGCUUCCGCCGGAGGAAAGAGAGGAUCCGCCGCGAGAUCGGCCGAGCACGAGAGGAAGAAAGGUGUUCCAUGGACAGAAGAAGAACACAGACAAUUUCUGAUGGGUUUGAAGAAAUAUGGAAAAGGAGAUUGGAGAAACAUAGCACGAAACUUCGUGACCACAAGAACGCCGACGCAAGUCGCGAGUCACGCUCAGAAGUAUUUCAUACGGCAAGUCAACGGUGGUAAAGACAAACGCCGAUCAAGCAUCCACGAUAUCACAACCGUCAACAUCCCCGACGAUUCUUCUGAUGCUGCAGCCGCAGAUACCUCAACCGCAAACGCACCGUGCUCGCCGCCGCCGUCACUAGGAGGAAGCCAGUGGGAAGGUCAAACGCUAUACGAUGAAACAACGACUGCGUUUUACAAUCAAAACGCGUUUCCGGAAACGCUACUUGGUAUGUCCUCGACACCGUACGUGGCGAAACUGCAGGAGCAGAGUUUCCUAAACGCAUCGCAAUUUGAAGCGUACAAUGCGUAUCUCCAAAUGUAG